UGCACGUGGGGACUGGCAUUUGACAAUAGUUGCUUCACCACCAUUAUCGCACACUCUCCGCCAACGACGGUCCAGUCACGGCUGCAUUCCCUGCCGAGAAAACAGCGACUGAUUUGAGUUUGAACCGGCGCCCUCAAUCAUCACAAGAAAUAGACGAAAUCUAAGUAAAGGCGCCUCACUGGCUUCGCGCCUGCCGCCGCAAUGUCGGACAAAAUCACCGGCAAAAACCUGUCCUACGACACAAACAUCCCGCCAUUCCUGCGUGCUCUUCAAGCACAAGCAGCAGGGAACGGAGGCCCAGACGAGAUCCUCUCGAAAAGGCGACGAGCGGGCAAGAAGCGCUCCGACAGCGAAGAGGCAGAAGACGCGCCGCUGGUCGUGGAUGACGACGGCAAUGUCGUCGACGUAAGAGUGGACAAGGACGGCGGCGUGGAGGCGGAUGCCUUGAAGAAAGAUGGAGUAGAGGAGGAGGGGGAAGGGAAGGAUACCAAGGAGGAGAAGAGGGAGAUGGAGAAGAUUGCUGGGAUUGGGGCGAGCAAGAAGAGGAAGGCUGGCAAGGUUGUUGGCGGUGAUGCAGACGAAGAUACUGUCGCCAACAAGAUCGUGACGAAGGGCGAGAAGAACGGUGACGACGACGAAGGCGCCAAGAAGAAGCCUGCUAAGAAGAAGGGAAAGAAGAUCAAGCUUAGCUUCGAUCCAGAAUGAGGCGUGCUAUGAUCAGGGCGGACAUCAUCGUCACUAUCAAAUACAACGUGGACACGUGGGGAGAGUAGGACACUGAUCCGCACGGGAGCGAGUCAAGCCACGCAGCUCUUCGUCUUGUCCUGGCCGCGAUUCAGAAACAACGACGACCUGAUUGGCGUCACACAACAACUCGCGAGGAGUCAUGAGACAG